UGACAAAACAAAAGAAAACUGCCAGACAUAUUCAGUUCGCUCGUCGAUUCUUAUCAUAUUUUCUCUGAAAAUGAUUGUGUAAAUCGGACAAAAUAUGGCUUGAAAUUAUUUAUAAAAACGAAACAUUACUAUGUGUCUUAUGCUGUAGAGCUGUUUAAUUAUUAUUUUACAAACGACAGUAGCGGAAAAGUGAGCAAAAAAAGUUGACAAAAACAAAAAACAAUAUCAACAAUGUGUCCAGUGUCAUCCGCCCCCACAAAAAGUAAAUGAGUGACUUGUACACAAAAAGAAGGCAAAGGCAAAUUCAUCGGUGCGAUAGAUUUGUUCUAUCAAUUGAGCCUGCCAUUGCAUUGCACCGUAAUACCCCAUUUUCGCGUGCUCUGCUGUGAUAAUGGAAAUGUGAAAAGCUAAUUGAAUCAGUAUCUGAAAAUAAUAGCAUUUGCAAUACACACUCACAUAUACAGUUGCAAACCAAAGUGCAGCGCUAUAUAGUGCCAGUGACCUGGAAAACGUAACAACAUAAACUUGACAAUCGCAUAAAUAUGGAGUUUGCCGAUCUCAUAAAAACGCCAAAACUGGACGGUGUAUUCUUACACGACCACCUGCAUGCAACAGUUGAGGGAACGCUCUGUAUCACCGGCCAUCAUCUGUUGUUGAGCGCCAGACAGGAGAAUAGCCAAGAGUUAUGGUUACUGCACAAAAAUAUCGACUGUGUGGAGAAAAAACCAUUUAUGGUGCAAAACAUGGUGAUGGGCGGCAUCAUAACACUGAAGUGCAAAGAUUUACGCAUCAUUUCACUAGAGAUUAAAUAUGCUAAGGAAUAUUUUAAUGUAGCAGCGUCGUUGGAGGCACUCAGUUCGUUACACAAUCCUGAACUCGAAUAUCCUUUUUUCUAUCGACCAAUGUAUACCAUACUUGAGGAUGGAUUCACUAUGUUCCGCCCCGAACUAGAAUUUGCGAAACUAAUUUCCGGUGCUGCCAGCAAUCUACACAAUGGUAAUGAAAAUUGUGGUGUCGGCGGUGGGGCGGUAACUGGUGCUGUUGGGGGUUGUGAAUGGCGUAUCACCACAGUCAAUAAGGAUUUUAGUGUGUGUCCAACGUAUGGUACUGCGCUUAUUGUGCCUAAAUCUAUUACGGACGAACAAAUUGUGCAAUCAGCUGCAUUCAGAGAUGGCGGUCGAUUUCCGGUGCUCAGCUAUCGGCAUGAAAAUGGGGCUACGCUAAUGCGCAGCUCACAGCCCGUCUCCAUACAAGGUAUUAAACGUUGUCGUGCUGACGAAGCGAUACUGAACGUUGUGCUGGGACGCAGUAAAAAGGGGUUUAUCGUUGACACUUGGGGAAAGGGUAAAUCAAACACCGAAACCGAUCAACAUUACUCACAGUGGAAGAAAGUGAAUCGGGCUAUUGGCAAUGUGUCGGCGCCUUCAGCAAUUUUGGAUAGUUACACCAAACUUAUUGAAGCAUGCAAUGAUAUUACAUGUUCUGCGGACAAAUGGUUGUCACGCCUGGAAGCAAGCGGCUGGUUAAGUCUCGUACUGAAUUCACUGAAUGCUGCCUGUGUAGUUGCACAAUGCCUCGAUCAGGAAGGCAGCCCGGUGCUGGUGCAUGGUUCUAAAGGUUUGGACUCCACACUAAUUGUAACGUCACUGGUGCAGAUAAUACUUAAUCCUGAUUGCCGCACAGUACGCGGCAUACAAGCUUUAAUUGAACGGGAAUGGAUACAGGCCGGUCACCCUUUUGCAUCACGGCAUCGCUAUGGCUGUUAUACGCCCGCACAGAAUCGGCCGAAAAACUCUGGUGCCUCCUUUGUGUUAUUUCUCGAUUGUAUAUAUCAGCUAUAUACACAAUUCCCCUGCAGUUUCGAAUUUAGCUUGCAAAUGCUAAUUUUACUUUAUGAGCACAGUUAUUUCUCGCAAUAUGGUACAUUUUUGUGUGAUUCCGAACGCGAACGACAUGAGUUGGGCGUGCAUACGCGCACCACUAGUUUGUGGUCUUACCUAAACCGACCCGAUGUGCUGAAAAAUGUGCUAAAUCCAUUAUACGAACCAAAUUCGAGUGUAAUUUGGCCAAGCGUGGCACCGAUCUCAUUGGAAUUGUGGAGCGAGCUCUAUCUGCGUUGGACAAUCGAACAGAAAAAUAGCACCAAAACUAUGCAACAAAUACAAGAACUGGUCACACAGGAAAAGGAAUUACGUGCGAAAGCAAUACGGUUGCGCAAGCAAGCUUCAGAUCUGAGCAAUGAAAUGGAGGAUCUUAUGAUAUCCGAUUGAUCAGCGCAACCGCGGGAAACCAAAAAUACUGCAACCGCCACAAAAGCUUGUGGUCAUCACCAGUUAACAUAGAGCAAGUGAACAUUUACAAUGCUAAAUAAGGAAAGAUAAACUAGUUUUUGAAAUAUGCAGUUCAAAUUUUUAACUUUGCUCUCUAAGUGUCUCUCUAAAAAUAUACUAUGGUAAUGCGAAUAGUCUUCAGGCACUGCAUCGCGUCACAGCGGUGUGUACACUUGAAAAUUGAGUCAAUUUUUGGCGCAUUUUUAUUGUAACUUAAUAUAAGUUAAUACUUAAGCUAAUAAUAAAUGAAAAUCAAAAAUUUAAUUCCGUUUUGGAAGAGUAUUGAAAGAGAACAAUAAAAGUAUGUUGGUUUAACAUAAAUGUACAUACAUACAUAUGUACAUCAGCGAGUA